CGGCUCCGGCUGUCGAAGAAGCGGCGGUGGCGGUGAAGAGGUUCUCGGGUCUCUGUCACUUUCCUAACCUCUUCGCUGCUUGCGCGCGGAUGUCCCGGUAUCUCUGGUGCCGUGUAACUGGUGUGAUAAUCAAUUACCGGUGAUUUAAUCGCGCGCGAACAAUAACAUGAUGUCGCGGUCAGUGCGCGCGGAGACUCGUAGUCGUGCCAAGGAUGACAUUAAACGUGUGAUGCAGGUAGUUGAUAAAGUUCGCCAUUGGGAAAAGAAAUGGGUUACAAUAGGAGAAACAACUAUGAAAAUAUAUAAAUGGGUUCCAAUCUCGACACUCGAUCAGAAGAAAAAAGGAAAGACAGUUUCCGACAAGGAAAAUGGUUUACCAAGAAAAGGAGGGAUAGAGUCGUCAAAUUCUAAUUUUGGACUUACAGAAGAUUCCAAUACAUGUUUCUCCACUGUUAGCGAUUCCCAAGGACUUACAGAUUUCUCUGCACACCUGGGCUUUUCGGAGGACUCCAAUUCUCAAAAUAGUGAACCUGCACCCAAGAGAUUGAAGACUGACUAACGACCUACAAUCAGCAUCACCGCCAACAUAUAGGGACACAUUUAGGAAUCUAUCUCUUUCGUGAAUGAAUUUGCACUUGAUAAUUUUACGUUAAGUCGUACCUCUCAAUAAUGGAUGAAAAGAUUUUGCAAGAAAAGAUUUUCUUUUCUGUUUCAUCCAAAUUUAGUGAGAUAUAGAUAAUAUAUAUAAAUAUAUGAAUAUAUAUACAAAAUAUAUACUUAUAUAAUUACAAAUAGUAUCAAUCCUAUGAAACGUUUUGAAUUAUGUAUAACGGAGUUUAUUUUUUUACAUAUGAAUUUAUUACGAAUUUCCUCAUUGAAUUUAGAAACUAGAAACAAUGAUCGGCUAAUUGACUAGAAUAAAAUCAGGCGAGUGAUCAAUCCGUUUAUGUAUGUAUGUAUAUUAUUUUUACACUAAAUUUUUAAAUCUUGAAUAUAUCGCUUAUAAAAUUAUUGUAUGCAUAGGGUGAAACUUGGAAUCGAACUUGGGAUCUGUCGACUACGAAUCAAUCGCUCCUACACAGAAUAACGCAUCACCCUAGUUCAUCUCGUUUAUUAAAUUCUGGUUUCUGUAUAAUCCUUUCAGAUGUGAUACGUAACUCUGUAGGAACAGUCGAUUCGUCGGCAGGACCCUGAUCCAUAAACGUCUCGGACUAUAAGAAAUUGAUUAAAGAAUUAAAGUUUUGAGUGAAAGAGUAUGAGACGAUUGUAACCCAUUUCGGGAACAAUAAAGUACAUAUGUACGUUAUACGUAACCCUUCAAAAAUUCGAGGGUAUGAUAGACUUGAAAAGUUGAAAAAGGCUUGAUAAUAGCCUUUGAAAGAAAAAGCUUGCUAAUGGCGGAUUGUACAUUCGCCACGAUUGUGUAAUAACAUUACAGUAUUAUUUUCUUUCAAAACUAUAUUUUUCUCGCUAUAACGAUAUAUGGUUGUAUCAAGGAUUAUCCUUGCAAAAUAAUCAAUCGGUAUUAUAAUUAAUUUUGCAAUAAGUCAAGUGCUGAAAAAACACGUACAUACAUAUACAUAUAUUUUACCUUCAAACAUAGUUCACGCUUCUGAUAGUCUAUAAAUAUCAUUGUAUAUAUCUCAAAUAUCAUUUUUUUCUAUUGAUACUAUAGGAGAACUUGCAUUCCUGUGCGUUACGUUAUAGCACCGUGACAUGUACAAAAUAAGCUUGGGCUCAUACGAAUAAAAUAGUUGAAUGACGUCUUAAUCAGUGCAUACUAUACAUCGCUUAUAUGAAAACAUUACGAUACAUUUGUAGUAUGUUUGUAUAAAGAUAUAAAAAUUAGUAAGAAUAUCUUUAGACGCAAAGGUAUUCUCGCUAAUUGUUAUAGCAAGUAUUUCAAAAUAUAAGAAAGUGCGUGUGAUUUGUAGAAAUAUCUAAUUUAUAAUAUUUCCACUGAAAUUAUUUAAUGAAACAUCAAGCCAAAAUUUCAUCACAUAAGUCGCAUAAUGUUUGAGGAAUAUUCUUCAUUUUGAGAUUUUUAAGAUAAAAAUAUAUGUAUAUUUAUGGUUUUCAUUUUUACAAAAAAUGAUGUACAUUUAAUAUUAAUUUA